CGCAUUGGAAUUUGGGGCAAGUCUUUAUAUGCUCUGUAAUCACAAGUCGCUUUAAAAAAGAGUAAUAGAAGGCCAAGUGAAUUUCGUUGCACCAUACCACCAAUGCCCCAUCUCAAUAGAAAACAGGAAGCUUUGCGUGAAAUUGACAACCGUAUCUCUAGUUUGUUGCCUUACAUAUCCAGCUCCUUAUUUCGAAGGCAAAUCGGACUUCUUCUUUCCUUACGCAAAAUACACGAAAACAGCCGUUACUAUCAACGGAUUCCUCAUAGUUCUCAUUAUGAGAACCACGACUAUCUUUUUCUGAGGUCCUCUCUUCUGCCAUCCACCGAUGACAAGAUAAUCAAGACCCUGCAUAUGAACCGCGCAGAGUUCACGAGCGUUGUAGCCUUGUUCGGAGAUGACGACAUUUUCAAAUCGCAGGGGAGGAAGCCCCAGGCGCCGCCAAAGGUGCAGCUAGCGACAUGCAUCUAUAGAAUGGCAGGAGGCGAGAGUAUACGCACUGUGCAGAAUCAUUUUAAUCUGUCCCACGGCAGUGUAUCCCUCUAUACGGAACGAUCGCUAAUAGCCAUCGUAUCCUCUUUGAAAAAGUACAUUUCGUGGCCUUCUGGGGAAGAGCGCGCAGUUAUUGCCCGUGAAUUGUACGCGCAGUAUGGAAUACCGUCAUGUGUCGGCUUCAUCGACGGAACCGAUAUUGUCUUGCAUCAAGCACCGACAGUUGGAAGUGAAAAGGCACAUACGAUGCAGUGUUACGAGGAGAGAGAUGGUUAUUUUAAGCUGAUCGCUGUGGUCGAUCAUCUGAAGAGAUUUAGAUACGGCUGGUUCAGCUACUCUGCCGUUGCCAACGACCAGAUGGCCCAAGGUCAGUCAGAUCUGCACGGGAAUCCCGACCGGUUCUUCUCUCCAAAGGAAUAUGUGCUGGGUGAUGCUGGUAUGAAAUCGUCAGACACGGUUAUACCUCUAUUCAAGCGAGAGAGGAGGCAAGUCGGACACAAAGCCUACUUCAACCAUAAAUGUGCGAAAGCUCAAGUAAUGAUUGAACAGGCUUUUGGUAUCCUCAAAAACCGUUGGCGGAUUUUACAAGACUAUCAUCUUACUUGCCGGACAAUAACGGAUGAGGCCCGCCUUUACCUAGUCAUUCAAGCUUGCAUGGUUCUUCAUAACCUUGUGCUUGGGACUUGGAAGGACUCGCUGACUACAUCUGAGGUGGAAGAGGUGAUGAAUAUCAGCGAACGUGUCACUGACACUGGUGACGAAGCAGCAAAUGGGAGGAGGGAUGAAGUUGUGGCGGAAAUGGUCAGAGACGAAGUUUGUAAAGAUCCUGGUUUUGACGUCAAUACGUUUGAAAUCUGAAAGUGCCGAAGAUGAGACAUGCAUGCAGAACGAUUCGAGA